UGCCGUGCACGUUCUCACGUUGAUGUUGCGUGGUUUGUUUCUCAGAGCAACACAAACAGAUCAAGCAGCUGCUACUUUCAAGACAUGGGAGACGAUUUGGGAGAUGAGUGGUGGGUUCACGGAGAAGAUUCAGGUGUGUCUGAAGGGGAGGCUGCUGGAGCAGAGGAGGUGACGAAAGAGAAGAAGACUAAGAAGAAAGGGAAGCCACAGGGGAAGAGGAAGAGUGUGGAGGAGGAAGAUGGGGAUGAGGAACAGAUACCAAAGAAGAAGAAGAAGCGGAAGAUUGAUGACACUGAGACCCCAGCGAAGGACAAGAAGAAAAAGAAUCUCAACCAGAAAGAAAAGGGUGGCAAGCCAACAAAAGAUGUUCAAACAGGAGUGGUGAAGAAGAAGAACAGCAUCCCUAAGACGGCCAGUGUUGCCGAAGUGGUAAAGGAUGAAGUGCAGCCAGAAGGAGAGAAGAAGAAAAAGAAACGGAAGAAGAAGAGGAUAACGGAGGUGCUUGCCGUGUCAGAGCCGUGUGCUGCGACCCCAGCUGACCUGCAGCAGGCUCUGCAGACCCACCUGACCAACACACGCUCUGUCAUCGAACAGGAGGAGCUCACACUGCACGACUCGAGUUUCCUGACCUGCAAUGACCUCACACACUCACUGUCAUCCUACAUGAAGCAAGUGUGUCCUAAGUGGGCGAAGCUCCAGAAGCGCCACACGAUGAAGAGCUCUCUGGUCAUCAUCAUCGCCUGCAGCUCAGCACUCCGAGUACUGGAGCUCAUCAAGCAAUUGGCUGUGUUUAAAGGAGAAGCCAAAAUUCUGAAACUGUUUGCCAGACAUAUAAAGGUGGAAGAGCAGGUGCAGCUGUUGAAGAAGUUUGUUUCACACAUCGGAGUGGGGACGCCAGCCAGGAUAGCUGAACUCAUACAGAAAGACGGUCUCAGUCUUGAGGCUCUGAAGUAUGUGGUUCUGGAUUGGAAUUGGAGAGAUCAGAAAUGUAGGAGGAUGGUGGACGUGCCUGAGGUGAAACCAGAGAUGUUCAAAAUGCUGGAAACUGGAAUUUUACAACGUUGCCGAAGUGGAGAUACCAAGAUUGGACUAUUUUGAGCAGACAGACAGACAGACAGACAGACAGACAGACAGACACACACACACACAGACACACACACACACAGACACACACACACACACACACACACACACACACACACACACACACACACACACACACACACACACACACAGUGCGUAUAUCUCUGUUAUGACUUUUGUAUCAUUGUAAUAUUUUUGCAAAAUUCCAAUGCUACAAGCACACACACAUGCACGCCUAUGCAUGUGCUUGUAGCAUUGGAAUUUUGCAAAAAUAUUACACAUAGCACAGGAGGAUGUGUACAGAUGGAAGUGUGACUAUUAUUUUGUAAAUAUUCACAAUCCUCUUUUUUACAUAAACGUAUUUGAUUUGACUCAA